AGAACGCCUUCCGCGUGGAGAUCCCCGGCUACCAGACCGCCACCUUCGCCGCAGGCUCGCCGGCCGGGCGCGAGUGCUGGCUCUCGGAGCUGGACCGGGUCCGGACGAGCGACCCCCGCCACGGCGGGCAGGGCUGGUGACCCCAGCGGGGGCGGGCAGCGCGGCUGCCGCGGCCUCCCUCCGGGGCUGCCCUUUGGCGCGAGCGCGGGCCGCCGCCCCCCUUCCCCUUCCCCUCAGAGGCCCGAGGCUCCCGUGGCCAGACAUGGCAGCCGCGGCGGGCGCCGCGGCAAGCUGCUCGGCGCCCCGUGGAAGGAGAA